CCACCAAAGGAUCCUUACACAGAUGAUUUCUAACAUUCUGAUUUUCGUAAAGCCAGCGUUUGGAAUCUACACAGUAACUUGAAGAAGAGUUGAGAAUUUUAAGGAAAUAAAAAAAUUAACCUAGCAAGAGGAAAAUAUUUCCUUGGUUUUCUAAAGGGGAUUAUAGGACAACCAUACUGGCCAGAAGAAACAGCCUGCAGUAGAUGGUUUAUGUGUCAGGAAAAAUAUGUCACAGCCAAAGAGGAAAACUACCUCAGUAUCACUGAAAAUUACUUCAUCUCCAGGAAAUGAAGCCACUGGAAGCAAUCCAGUUCAACCUGUUCAUUCUGCACUUAUUCUUCCAUUGUCCAAAAAUUCUCAGAGGCAGGUGCAAAGUCCUCCUUUUACUGGUUUGAACAGAGGAAACAGUGGGGUUGCACCAGUAUUUACAAAGUGCCCACAGAAUAUCUGUGCUUCAAAGGGACAGUUAGUUGUGAUGGAAUGUCGAGUUCGAGCUACCCCUCCUCUCCAAGUGUGGUGGUACAGAGGGAACCAUCUGAUAAAGGACUCUGCCGAAUUCCGAAUCCUAACAAAAAAAGCUUGUUCAGCAUCUGUUCCUGAAGAAGUAUGUACAUUGGUGAUUGCAGAGGCAUUUCCAGAGGAUUCAGGAGUUUAUAAGUGUGUUGCCGAAAACCAGUGUGGAACAAGUGCCUGCUGUGCUCAGGUCACCAUCUAUCCAGAAGAAACUGGCACCUUCAAGAAAACUCAAGAACUCAUGGAUCAUCCUGCCGCUGUAGAAGGAAACCAAGACAUUUCAGAAAACAAUCAACUGCCACAUUAUGCACCAGACAACACCGAACAUGAUAACUCCAAAUGUGAAUUUCCACAGGCAAGUGAAGAACAGGUUUACUAUGAACCCAUCAAAAAGGACGUACAUGAAUGGGACGUUUUGCAGCAGGAAAGCUACAGCUGUCCUUCAUAUGACCAAGAACAAAGACAGGAAAAAGGAAAAGAAGAAAUUGGGAAUAGCAAGCAACAAGUUUAUUCCUCACAGUUUUAUCAGGCACCACCUAUCCAAAAGUCAGUUUUGUCUGAUAUAAAUUUUACUGAAAAUCAGAACUACAAAGCAGAUUUGGACAUGAGUGUGACAAAUCUUCCUUCAGUAUCUUCCCUGUGUCAACCAAGCAUGUUUAAUUAUGAGCGGCCUAAACAUUUUAUUCAGUCACAAAAUAAGAGUCAACUAAAACUACAAACUCCAGCAACUGUAACAUCGAAAGUUCCAGAUGUUCAGGAUAAGCAUGUAUUACAGGCACCAGCAAACUCUGUAAAAAAAUCUACCAUAGUUUUGCAUCCACAGGUUUCGAAUGGACAAAGGAAGUCUUUAUCUUCAUCCUCAUCUCUGAGUUCUCCUAUUUCAACAUCGUCUUCCUCGCCCAGCCUUGGUAAAGAUGCUGUUUUUUUCUCGCCACCUGCAUAUGAUGUCUCUUCCCCAGUGUUCUCUUUCCCUAAUGCACCCCAGGAGAAGUCGUCCCCAGCAGCUUUUCUCUGCUCCGUUUUACCAUCUCAGCCACAACAAUCUGUGCCAUCUGCAAAAACCUCAGCUGUUCAUACUGUGGAACGCAAUUAUCCUAAACCAGCUGUAAAGAAGUCCAGAACGCCCGUGAUCUCUAGUGAUGAACAGAUACAAGGAUCAAAGGAUGCACUUAUACAGGACUUGGAAAGAAAACUAAGAUGUAGAGAUGCUAUUCUACAUAAUGGAAACCAGCGUCUAACAUAUGAAGAAAAAAUGGCUCGCAGGCUUCUAGGACCAGAUAAUGUUGCAUCUGUGUUUGAGACAGAAAAUACUGAUAACUUUCAGGACACCACACAGCGUAGUUCAGGUACAGACACCUUAAGAAGGUCAUCACAACCAAGAAGCAGGACAAGCUCUCGAGGAGAAGAAACUGUUGACACUACUGUACAUGAAAAGUUUUAUCCUCCUCGAUUUCUACAAGUACCAGAUGAUAUCAUAGUAGAAGAGGGAAGAUUUUUGAGGAUUGACUUUAAAGUUAGUGGAUUGCCAACUCCAGAUGUCAAGUGGUUUUUGGAUGGAAGACCUGUCCGUCCUGAUGAUUUCCAUAAAAUGUUAGUAUCAGAAAAGGGACUUCAUUCGUUUAUCUUUGAAUUUGUCCAAGAGUAUGAUGCUGGAGUCUAUGAGUGUGUAGCAACUAACCGUGCAGGCUUCAGUACAUUUCACCUUGUGCUUGAUGUAGUUGCUCAACAGAGGAGAAAAGCCCCCGGUUUUAUCCAGAAGCCGCAACAUGUGACAGUCUAUGAAGGGGAUACGGCUAGACUGGAAUGCCAAGUGUCUGCUGUUCCAGAACCCCAGAUCUUCUGGAAGAAAGACAAUGAAAUGAUAGAAUUCAACACAGACAGAAUAAGCAUGUUUCAGGACUACACUGGCAAAAUUGGACUGUUAAUACACGAUGUUAAUAAGAAAGAUGCAGGAUGGUACACAGUAUCAGCUUUAAAUGAUGCCGGAGCAGAUACAUGUCAUGCAAGACUUGAUGUUGCAACUUACAUAAACAGACCAGCUCCUGGUUCUAAGCAGCUAAAAAUGCGACCGUCUCUUAGCAAGUAUGUAACACUUAAUUGUCAAGGAAUUGAUGUACAAGACGCCUUUUUACCAGAUACAGAUGUUUAUCAGGUAGCAUCAUAUGGAGGACUUACAGAAAGUGAAGAACUUUAAAUGAAAGGCUGCCUGUCUUCAAAUUACACUAUAUUUCAUCCAAAAAAAAAUGAAACUGUGUAGCUGUACUUUGUAUUAAUACCAGUGUUCUGUGGAGCCUUUGUAAAGCUCCUGAAGGAUAGUACAAAAAAGUUCUAUUUAAUGGCACCCACGCAAACCACUCAGAGAAGGCCUGGAUAAUUUUUACUACUGGGUGGAGAAGUAACAAGCAGUCUUGGAUACAUUGAUACCUGGUAAUUAGCUAGUACAACAAACUUACAAACCAACAAGAUUCUCUUGUGCAACAUGAAGGACUGAUUGACAUUAUUCAGAGCAACAUGAUUGUAAGUGCCUGCUUGAUGGACCUCUAGUGUCGAACAUCUGCUGUCGCUCAUGUAGUUUUAACCUGCCCCUACAUUGCAAUGUAUCAGAGCCAUUCUACAUUGUAGAUGGCUUGUCUUCUUUCAGUGUGCUCAUUACUGAAAACACAUCAGGUGUGCACAGUUUUUGUGAUUGUUCAAACCACUGGAUUUGAGAUCAUUUCAGUAGUUUUAGUUUAUUUUAAGGUUGUUUUUCACAUUUUGCUGAUGAAUUAAUACCACUGAUGAGGAAGCAGUCAUUGGGAGGAAAAAGGAAGUAUAGGUUCUUUGAAAAUAAAAUACAGACAUUGUUGCCAAAUACAAAAUGUAAUAAAACUGGGUACUUUUCCGUUAUCAGGGCAACAGUUCUAAUCAGCAUUUCAAAUUCAUGCUAAUCCGAAAUCUGUUAUUCUAUCAACUUUCUAUGUUUGUAAGAGCAGUAUUUUUGUGUCUUUGCCCCCCCCCCCCCAAUUAUACAUGGCUUUGUUCAGAUUUCUGUGUCUUACGGGUUGAGAGGUAUAGAGCACAGAAGGGCUUCCCCAACUGAAAGUGUCAUACAAACGCGCAAUGAUACAGACGCUUCUCUCAAAGGUUGCUCUUCCGCUAAUGUCAGAAAUAUCUGUAAGGAGGGUAAACGUAGUCACAGGGCAGGCAGGCAGCAGUUUAUAACUUAAGAUUUGAGUUAAAAACUGAUUUUUAAAGAUUAAGAUUUGAGUUAAAAACUGAGAAUGUUAGUAAAAUAAAAUGUACUUAAAAUUUCAGUUGAUACAUGCUGAAGUUUUUGAAAUGCAGCUCUUCUAAUUACACCAUUCUGACAUACAAAACAUGACACUUAGGAUUUUACGAGGCAGAGACCAAAAUAUGAGGCAGAAAUCUAGGCAACUGAGAGGUAUUAUUUGCUUUUUAUUUUUACUUUACAUGCAUCAUUUGGUAACUAAUGACUUUAUUUACACUUGUGUUUUUGAUUUCAUCUCCCAGGUUGCAGCCAAACGUCUUCUGUUUUUAUGAUCGGUUCAAAUAAAUAUCACUUUUGCAAGUACGAAGCAAUGCACAUAUAUCACUUUCAAACGUAACUGCCAUUCCUUAAAAAAACAUGUUCCUUGCAGUUCCACGGUGAAAUGGUUUGUCACACAUUCGCAGUUAAGAUCUUUUCUAUCAAGUUUCUAUAGUACCAAUGUUAAAAUUGCUGUUGCCCCGAUAACAGAAAAGUACCUAAAACUGCUGUAUGGUUUAGAUGCUGAGCAACAGCAGCAAACCUCCAAAUGUAACUCCUACGACAUGUCACUUUGGCUUGCUGGCAUGCCCUCAAAAAAUCCAUACCAGCUGUUUAAUGACUGACUGGGAAAGUAGUUCUUAUUCUUGGUAAGUAAAUGCAUGACAAUUAGGUUUAUAACAGUGACUCUACUGAGUACAAAGGCUGUCCAGGAUUCAGUUACCGAAAAGGUAUAUUUUCAACAUAUUUGACAUGAUGAUGGAUA